AUGAACGUCUCCCGAAAUGGCUACUACACCUCGGAGUACAUCGACCAACGUCUACAUGGAACACCAAAGAGCAUAUUAAGUCCAGAAACCAACCAGUAUUCGGUGGCUGACACCGUACGAACCAAAUCCAUACGCUUUGACCUUCCUUCCAGUGAAUCGGAGAUCGAGAUUAUUGCUGACCCGGACGACUUGCCGGAAGAUAUCACACCUGCGCAAUUGACUUACUUGCACAAGCCAGAAAGACAGCCGGUACCGGUCCAUCCUGUUCAGAAGCAGACGCCCGUUACUCAGCCGGUUAGCUACGACAAGUACUAUCGCACGCGUAACCAAGAUCCAUUGCCGGAUGACGAUCUCUUUGAAGACCAGGCGUCGUCUGCCAAUACAGAAGAGCUCUUGUUUCAUGAGCAGAAGCAAAGGCCAAAGCAGCAGCAUGUCGAGUACAAAGGUUACUAUAUCGACCAGAAAAAACGAUACGAUGAGGCUGAGUUCAUCAAGCCCCGCAAUUACAAGCAUAAAACAUUCAAGGACGUAUUCGUGGCAGAUCACCAGGAUGACGAGAAUUACAACCCCAUAGACAUCGUAUUCGAGGAUCCUGAGAAGGUUCGGGACCAGGAGCAGAAGAAAACCUUCAUGCGUGCGGUCAAGAAUGUUCAAACGAAGUUAGGCAAAGACAACUACGAUUCGUACGACUACUAUGCGCAACAACAGCUUGAGAAAGAGAGACAAAGGGCUCGCGACUUGCGUGAAAUGGAGAAAGAAAGAUUACGGGCACAACGGAAUAUCGAGCUGGAAGAGGAGCGUAUGGCGAAGGCCGCAGCUGCUGAGCAAAGACAGAUUGAGAAGGAAGAAGCUGCCGAACACAAACGUCUACUUCAAGAGGAGGCAGCAGAGGAGAAGCGGUUGAUGAAGGAAGAGGCUGCUGAGCUCAGGCGUCUUGAGAAGGAAAAGGCCAAGGCCAGACGGGAGAGGGCGAAGUUGAAAAGAAAGAGCGGUGGCUUCCUCAAGUCCAUGAAAAGGUCUCCAGUUGAGGAUGCUGAGAUAAUAGCAGAUGAAACGGAGGUGCAAAAGGUUCCAGAGUUGGUGGAGGAAAGGGUGGUCGGAGACGUUUUUGUUGAUGAUUACGACUCAGACUAUGAAUACGACCCCGAGAAUCCGCACAGCAAGAAACUCCGAAAAAACAUCAAGAAGAAGUGGAAUCUGGCCAAGAGACAGCUCGAGGAAAACUAUUUCGACAACUACGCGAGAAAGCUUGAGGAGGAGGAGAUUGCUCGGAAGCAAGCAAUCCUCGCGGCUGAAGUUGUGUCAAUACAUGACGCGGAGAAGAAGGAACAAGAGAAGAAAGAGAAGUUGUUAAUCAAGGAAGACGGCAUAGAUCUGAAGCAGAUGGUUUUGGCGAAGAAACGGCACACGGGACCUAACAGCAACUUCAAUCCUUUCUGGAACUACCUCCUUUCGUAUCUAGUGUAUGAUCAGCCAGAGAGCCCUGGAAUCGAGGAGGUUGCUUCAAAAGAUAAAAUUGUGGAAAUUGUCGACCUGGAGCCAAAAGAUAUGGUAAUUCCAAAAGAUGCUGUUGUGGUGAGAGAGAGGGAGAAGCCGAAACUUAAGCAUAGAUUGAAGGAGGAAGUCAAAGAGGUGGUUAAAGACAAGAAAUAUCGGGACAAAUUGAGGGAGGAAACAAAGGAAAAGCUAGUGCCCAAGAAGACCGGCAGCAAACUGAGCAGGGCCAAAACACUGAGCAAACACAAGAAGAAGAUUCCUAGUCUGGGUUUUGCUUUCAACUUUCCAAAACCUCCCAAGAUUAGCCUCACACCAGCCAAAGAGGUGUUCAGCAACUGGAACCAACCAGCAUCGGCAUUCUUUGCCGGCCAACGCGUGUCGGAUAGGGAAUUGGUAGUGGCACCAUUCGACCAUGAUGCAGAGCAUAGGCCUCUUUUUGACGAACAUGGUUACCCAAUUGAGCACACCAUCAUCUACGACGGUAGUGACGUUGACGAGGAGUUAAUCUACGAUCCUGAAACCGGAGAAUUCAGGCCAGUGACCACUACAUUGAUGGCAGACAACGAUAAUGUUCUGAUUGCUCCCCUGAUGCGACUGAGCCGACUGAUGGCACAUCUGAUGGCGCUGGCUCCUUAUCUGACUCGUCUGGGUACACUGAUGACGCUGAGGCGCCUGGUGUCUAGACAGGCACGGCUGUUGAGACUGGUCCGCCUGAGAGACUCGCUUCUUGUUAGACAGAGACCGGGAUUCUCGACUGGAACAAGGUUAUCAACGCUCCACCUUGGAACACCACUGAUUAUCAUUCUGAACAUCAACCUGCUCAUCAAGAGAAUCCGGUUGUUGAAGAUUGUAUUUGCUCCCAUAGAUGUGAUCAGCGAGAUGUAUCCCAGCUUGCAGACUAUGGUGAUUCUCAUUGAACUUGUGAUUUUUAUGUGGAUGCUUUAUGAGCUUUCUCUCUUGAUUGAUGCCAUCUGUAUGACGGUGAAGGCUGUAUGUGCUCCGAUGAUAGCCAUUGGAAAAUUUAUGAAUAGGAUAAUGUAA